AUGACUCUGCUUACUCCGCCACAGUUACAGCGCGGGAAGCGUUAUGGCUUAGCCUACUACGAGGAGUUGUAUGGUGAGCAGAACGCUGAUGAGGCAUUCGACCGCUUUCCCGACGAGUGCGAAGACGACUCAAGCAGCGGCGACGACGAGAGCAACAUCAAGACGAAGACGUCGGGGUCACCUGCAAUAGGCCGUACCACCGGUUUCUUCAAACCAUACGCUGGGAGCAUCAACGGCACGGGAGGUCAAAUCAGCAAGCGAGGCAACGAAGGCAACAAUCCGAACACCGACAAGGAGCGCCAAAGUCAGUAUAUCAUAGCUCCAUCCAUCAACAGGAAGCAUUCGAUAGUCGUCUCUCCGUCAAAGAAGCUCAAAUCGAAGAGGUUUGGUCUAUUUGGCAACAGCCUCAGUGUCGCGCCUGCUCAGUUGGACCCCGAGCCCAGCCAACCCAACGACAUGUCUGACACACUUUGGGCCGGCGAAUACGAGCAGGUUGGACCCAGUCACACAACCCAUCAAGAGACCCAGGCAACAGUCUUCGAAGCAUUGCACGGCGACGUGAUCACGGAGUCCACCACGCUUGAGGAGGAAAUUGACCUCCCUACCACUGCGCAUUUUCAAGCCGCCAUGCGCAGCUUGAAGAAGUCUGGUCCAGAGCUUCUUGCUACGGCUAUGCAGCCGGCGGCAAUGGCCAUGGAGACCGCAGGCAGCGAUGCUGAUACUGGCGACCAUGCGCCAUUGACGCCAAUCUCCGGAGACGAGGGGCCCGUGGCGGUACGCGAGCGAACAAUGGACAAGACAGGCAACGAAGAAGAUACCGGCUAUCAAGCGGAUAACGACGAGACCCGAGAGGAACUCGCUGAGCCUCGGCCGAAGCGUAUCGGACGCCCACGCAAGACGGCCGGCAUGCGCAAAGGGCUGGCGGUCACGGUGAAGCAGAGCCAGCUCGGUCGAACUCGAGGCGCCACGACUAAGCAGAUUCUCGACGAGCAAGCGGCCAAGGCUGCAGCUCGACCGCGCACUCGUCUGUCCGCAGCGGCAGCCACUCUGCUCAAGCCGAGCACAAGGGAUAAGGCGACGGCUCGUGCGGCCACAUUGAAGUCAAUGAAGGUAGCUAAGAGUCGCCGGGGCCGGCCUCCCAAGCGCUUGAUGCGCGGCCCAAACAUAACGCCAUACUGGCGCAACUGGAAUGGUCAGACGGUCCGGGUGAAGGAUGGUCAGGGAUGGGUGGAUAUGGCGGGUGAGAUGGUGGACGUGACGCAAUAUGAGAAGCACUUUUGAUUUGACCGAAAGCGAGGACACUCUGAUUCGGGCCGUAGAGGUCAGGCAUGAGAGCCUCAAUCCGUCGAUACCAGUGUGA